CCUUUUUUUAAAAACUGUUUCACCAAAAUUGUUACGUUAUUUAUAUUUUAAUGUUGUGUUCUUUUAUAAAUUCGUGAUGUUCAUUACAAAUAUAAGUUAUGUUUUUUCCGCUUUAUUUUUUUAAACUAGUUUUGAUCCGGGUGUACCAUGCAGGUGCACCAACCAAUGAUGAAUAUUUGCCCCAAAAAAAAAAAAAAAUCGAAUUAAUUAUUUAUAUCCCAAAGCGCGAAGUCGCGAACUACAAAAUUUUGCAAAGCGCGCAAUAUUAUAGAGCGGGAGUUUUACCGCCACUUAUUUCCCGCCAAACAUCUUCAGUCACCUUAAUCGCUGUUCUACAUAUUAACACCCUCUACACUCAAUCUACAAAACCCUACAUAAUCUCACACCUUAAAUUCGCAAUAAUCUCAUCUCUUUACCCUGAAAAAUCUUACAGCAGUUGCAAUGGUAGUCCCUCUUCGACCUGCCCGAUUCUACGGCCGCAGCUUUCCUCGGCCUAGGUUCUAUACUGAUGUGAAGUUCAGCGAUGAGCGUGUCGAUCCACCGACACCGGUACUCGAUCCGCUCAUGUCUUGGGCCAAUGAGGCUCACUGGUCCAUGGGUGGUCUUUGCUUGAAUCGUCUUCGCCUUCAGGGGAAGAUCGAGGGGAAUGUGGAGAAGCUUAGGAAACAGAGGGAGAAGUCUUUUAAAAUGAAGAUGGAGAAUAGUCCGUUGAAGGGUGUUGAUUCGCCUCCGCCUGCUCCGAUUUCGAAGAAGCGGAGGCAGAGAGUCAAGGUGGUGGAUGAUGAAGGAGAAGAAGAAGAUAAUGAUGACGAUGACGAUGACGAGGAGGAUGAGGAGGAGGAGAUUGAAAUGGAGAUUAGGAAAGUGAAGCGAAACGGAGGUAUGAAAAAGAGGAGGCUAGUUAGGAAGCUUGGGGAUGAUUUUGAGUUGGUUGCUGAAGCGAAUCGGAGGACCCCAUUGAAGGAUGUGAGCAAUGGUGUUGUUGUUUCGGAAGGCGGUGUUGCGUUGAGGACUAGAAGCAGGAGAUCUAUGGUGUUGAAUGAAGAGGAGGAUGAAGGUAGAUAUGAUGAAAAAAAUUCUAAAUCUGAGAAAAUCAAAGAAAAGGAUGUUGUGUCUGUUACUCCUAAAAAAAUGAGUAAGAAGAAUGGGGAUAAGAAGGGUUUGUCUGUUACUCCAAAUGGGUCAAGGAGUUCUCCAAGAUUGAAGCAGAAAUCAAAUUAGUUUUAAUUUGAAACUUAUGCUUAAAUGUGAAAGAAACUAUUAUGUGGUAGGAUUGAUGUUUAUAUUAAAUAUGUAAUGGGGCUAUUUAGACUAUUGAACUAUUAAUGAAAUGAAAGUGAUUUAUCAAUUUCAUGGACUAA